AUGUUAAAAGUUUUGACUCUCUGUGCCAUCCUAGCGCUGGCUUUAGGUCAGCAAGGACCUUCAGUAGUACUAGAUGGCCAAGGCACGGUGAUAGGUUCACAGUCAACUGAAGGAAAUUACUUCGAGUUCCACGGCAUACCAUACGCGGACGCAACUUCGGGUAUCAACCGAUUCAAGGCACCACUACCGCCACCUUCGUUCCAAACCCCAUUAACUGCAAACCGAAAAGACAUAAAAUGCGUUCGAGCCUUAGGUGCAGGAUAUGAAGGCACCGAAGAUUGUCUGGUAGUCGACAUUUACACACCAACUAUAGAUAAUACAAAGAAACUACCUGUUAUGGUAUGGGUUAAAGGAAAAGAAUUCGACCGAAUUAAUAAUCCAGAACUAUCUUUCCGCAAUUUUAUUGAAAAGGAGGUUGUUGUAGUCUCAUUGAAUUACCGUGAAUCUGUUUUAGGAUUCCUAUGUCUUGGUACUGAAACCGCACCCGGUAAUGCUGGAUUAAAAGAUAUUAUUGCAGGAUUGAAAUGGAUCCAGAAAAAUAUUGAAAGGUUUGGAGGUGAUCCAGAUUCAGUUACCAUCGUUGGUCAUGGAAGUGGUGGAGCUGCCGUUGAUUUAGUCACAAUGUCUCCAAUGAGUGAAGGUUUGGUACAUAAAGUAAUCGCUCAAAGUGGAAACGCAUAUUCUCCUUGGGCUGUAUCCCGUGAUAACUUGAAACAUGCUAUCGAUGUAGCUGAAGGUCUUGGUCAUACAAUAACCAGUAUUGAACAGUUAUCUGAGGUUUUCACUAGAACUAGUGUUGGAGCUUUGAUGGGUGUUAUCAAUGAUCUUGACUUAACUGAUAACUCUUUAGCCUUUGCUCCUUGUGUAGAACGUAAAGAAUUGAAAGGAGUAGAACCCUUUCUUAUAAAAACUCCUGCUGAAGUUAUACGUGACCAUGAAUUUUUAGAUAUUCCUACCAUUAUUGGAUUUGUAGAUUACGAAGGUACUAUUCGAUCAAAAGAAGCACUAGGUAACGAUUGGCUAAACCGAAUGCAAGAAUCGUUCAGUGAAUUUAUACAGCCCGAUCUAAAAAUCGAAGAUGACCAAGAAACAGUAGCGGAUGAAAUUAAAAGGUAUUAUUUCGGGACAACUACAACCAAUUUAUAUGAACCGUACCUGAAAUAUCAUGGUGACACAAUGAUUCUCAUAUCUUCUUUAAGAGAAGUAAGAAAUCGAGUACCUACUACUUCAGCACAACAUACCUAUUUAUAUCAGUUUUCAUAUAAAGGAACUCUCGGAGAAGCAUUUACUGGACCCAUAAGCGUUGAUUCAGCACCACAUGGUGUAGAAGUGGCUUAUUUGUUCAACAGAGGUUCUGAAGCAACUGAUUUGGAUCGUUUGAUUACCAAUAUCCUCGUUGACAGGUGGACUAACUUUGCUAAGAAUGGUAACCCUUAUACGGAGUAUUCUAAUGUAGUAUGGGAGCCUUAUAGUCUACUCACUCCCCGUUUCCUGCGUAUAGGAUCUGUAGACGAAAUAAGUGGACGUGAAGGUCGAGUCACUGGACCUGUAGAAAUAGCGUUGAGGAAUCCACAUCCACAAACAGCUUCAUUUUGGGAACGUAUUUACAAUUCGCAUUUCUUAGAUGCACAAAGCAAUUGGGAAAUUAUUGACAGGAAUGAAGAUAUUCCUACAACAACCCUGAGCCCAGAUGGUAUCGAUGUGUGUGAUGGUGACGGGGAUGACUGUGGUACUGACAAUGGCGGUGGUGAUGGUGACGAUGACUGUGAAGGUGAUGACUGCGAUGACGGUAAUUCAGCCUCAACAGCUGUUGGCUACACUUUCUUAAUAAUCAGUCUAUUUUCAAUUUUGAACCAUUUCCAUUCCUCUCAGAUUUUGUCAUAA